AUGCUCCGGGAGUGUCGAUACCACUUGGGUAUCAUAAAAUACUUGAAAGUGUGGAAUGGAAUUCUAUACCGCAUUCCUAAAGCCAAGGGGUCCCAACGAAUGGCAACCAUGUAUCCUCGUGGGAACGAUUGCCUGGAUCAGGACGACGUGGGCCAACAAAGACCAACACUCUCGACCGAUCUCAAACGCCUAGGCACGGCUGACACUGCUAAAAUCUCACACACUUCCAACUGGAUCCGAGGAAUACAUGCUUUUCUCUUAUGCGGAUAUGUAAGCUCUCCCAAAAAACAGUGUACCGACCUCUUAUUCAAGGGUGUAACGGUUUGGGACUUGCCAAGACCGACUUGGGUGAGAGUUGGUGCUGCCAACUGA